AUGAAUAGAAAGUCGUCCAGCCCUUCAUUACGAAGCUCAACUGAUGAGCUUGAUUGGAUCGACCUUGCAGAUGUUAUGGAAAGUACCUUCGGAUUUCCAGUAGUUUCGCCGAAUGCAGAGUCUGUACCUCAAGAAAAGCAGGAAGAAACAAACGAGAGUCAAAGUUCAUCUUCAGCAAUAACUGGACAGGAAAUUCAACCAACGGCCACUUUUGCCAAUAAGUCCAUCUUGCCCUGGAUUCACUUUUUCGUAACAGGGGGAAUAUUCACUUUGAUGAUUGUCGCCUUCGCUGAUAUUUAUCACAUGUUUCGAUUUAAAGAAAAACUUUUUAUCCGUUAUAUAACAUCCGGACGAUUUGAGUUUUUUUCUUGCGGCAUUGUAUUACUUGGCUUAUAUCUAGCAAUCCUUUGGGGUCUACUUGUUUCAUAUGUCGAAAUAUUGGAAGCAGAAGAGUUGAGUCGAAACCGACUUCUCUAUAAAACACAUCGAUAUUUUCUGCAAACAUAUUGUGGAUUACGGCCGUACAUGACUUAUGCUCAUUAA